ACUUUCAGUGGCGUACACGUCGCUUCAGCGGGAAUUAUUACACACUUUUGUGUCUAGAAAUGUUCAAAGAAAAAUAAUGGGGAGGACUACCAUUCGAAGUUGACAAUAAAGGGAUUGCAAUCAAGAUUCGCUCAGAGCUUGAAUAGCCUACAAAUCAAUCAAUUGAAUAACUCAUCAAUCCGCAGUCGCUGGGACUCAAAGUGAAAAUUGGAUCAGUUGUGAAGAAGCUGCGGAGAUGACGGCCGCUAUUGAUAUCAAACCAGCGUUAACUUUGAUAAAGUCCGAAAAAUUGGAGGAUGUGGACUUCAGUGAUGUGGCCCUGCUCACCCCGGGGAGCAAGGAGAUUAUGUCACAGGCCCUGAAGGCCACAUUCAGCGGCUUCACCAAGGAGCAACAGAGACUGGGCAUGCCCAGAGACCCCAGGCAGUGGUCAGAGAGCCAGGUGGGCCAGUGGCUGCUGUGGACAGUGAACGAGUUCAGCCUGAAGAGCGUGGACCUGCGCCGCUUCCGUAUGGCCGGGGUAAGCCUCUGUGCCCUGGGGAAGGAGUGCUUCUUGGACCUGGCGCCUGACUUUGUGGGGGACAUCCUGUGGGAACACCUGGAGAUGAUGCAGAGAGAUGUGAGGCAUUUCCCCGUAAAUGGCUUGAUAUCCACAUUCCAGGAGUCCCGGUUCACUUAUGACUACUUUGCCAACUUUGGUACUGAACGCGCCCAGUGCGUCCUUCCAUCAGACAACUCGGAGCCAGGCUUCAUCACAGAGUCCUAUCAGACACUUCUACCAACCACCUGUGAGGACCUGCUGUCAAUCAAGAGUGAGAAUGGACAUUCUACUGGCCCACUGGGUCCUAAGCAGGGGGACUACCUCACCAUCAAACAGGAAGUGGUCUCCCAUGACAACAUGUGCAUGGGGCACGUCAUUCGAGGUAAAAUUGGUGGCCAAGAAUCCUUUGAGAGCCUAGAGGCUUGUGAGCGUCUCACCCAGUCCUGGGGCAGCCACUCCCCCUUCUGCAGCCUGCAGCGCAUGCCCUCCUACGACAGCUUCGACUCUGAGGACUACCCGGCCACGCUGCGUGGCCACCCGGCCAAAGGCACCUUCAAAGACUAUGUGAAGGAGCGCAUGGACCUGACCAAAGACAAGUCUGUCAUACCGGCAGCGGCUCUUGCGGGAUACACAGGAAGUGGUCCUAUCCAGCUGUGGCAGUUUCUGUUGGAGCUCCUGACCGACACAUCCUGUCAGUCAGUCAUCAGCUGGACGGGAGAUGGCUGGGAAUUCAAACUGACCAAUCCCGAUGAGGUGGCUAGGCGCUGGGGCCAGAGGAAGAACAAGCCCAAGAUGAACUAUGAGAAGCUGAGCCGCGGCCUGCGCUACUACUACGACAAGAACAUCAUCCACAAGACGUCUGGCAAGCGCUACGUCUACCGCUUCGUCUGCGACCUGAACGGCCUUCUGGGAUACAGCGCAGAAGAGAUCCACGCCAUGCUUGACAUUACGCCGGACACAGGAGAGUGAUGUGAGGGGUCUGGCACCACCAGAUUUUUUUUUUUUUAGUUUUUAGAGGGAUUUUAGUUUUUGGUAAAAAAAGACUGUGAAAUCAACUGGUAAUCAGCAAAAACAAUUUGCAUUUACGAAAUCUGUUCCCAAGCAUUCCCAUUAAAAAAAUAUGUGAUCGUGUCUCAAUGUAAUCAAAGUAUGAAAUUAUUGUUAUUUUCAAAUACAAUCUCUUUUUAUUAUAAUUUAUGUUCUGGCAAAAAUCGCCCGGAGGCUGAUUCUAGUUGCCUACCGCUGUUGUAGGAAAUCAUGAUAUAAUAAUAAUAAUAAGCCAUUUAGCAGACGCUUUUAUCCAAAGCGACUUAGUCAUGUGUGCA